ACUGGUACUAUUUCAGACAGUUGCCUACCGAUAUUUGAAUAGUUGAAACGAUCAAUUUGGAAAAAAACAAAUACGAAAUUAUGGCUUUCACUAAGAGUUCCUUUGUUUUCAUCACCGUCUGUGUGGCUUUGGCCAUGGCCAAUACCCAGGUUCUUAACAAAUUGCCAGCCAACUUGAACUUCUUGGAUUUUAUGUCAAGUUCCACUGACAGCAUGCAAGCCAAUCCUGAUCAAUCGAUGGCUUGUUUCAGCUACUAUAUUCCCAUUAUCAACGAAAUUGCCCAGACCUAUGCUGCUGAGCUGUCCAAUUGCACCAAUGUUGCCACAGCUGCUGAACUGAAUGCCGAAGCCGCUACCCUUGCUGUCCGCACCAGCUAUGCCAGUGCUGUAAAUGCUUCUUGUGCUGCUUUGACUUUGUGUCCCAAGGCCUCUACUGUUGAGGAUGUCUUCCAGUGUUACAUCACCCAGGGCGUUGAUCAAUCUAAAGAAUUCUACACUAUCUCCACCAAUGCCACCAUGCAAUUGACCGACCUCGUUGAAAUGAUCAAUAACAUCAAGAGCCAACAAGAUAUCUGCAAUACCCAGGCUGAAGUUAAAUACGAACAAGAUUCCGCUGUUGCUUAUGGCAAUUUGAACAGCUGUAUCUUGGGUAAUUCCGCUGUGCCAACUACUGCUGCCCCAACAACCACCACCACCGCCUCAUCGUCCAGUGCAGCCCCCGUCUCAUCAUCCUCCUCGGCCCCAACUACUGCCGCUCCCGUCGAUGAACCAACUACCGUUGCUUAAUUUGAUAAUCCGUGGAAAAGUCGUAUUACUUUGAGAGAAGCCAGAAUUUCGGACAUGAAUGAUAUGAAAACAUAUGGAUAAUUAUAUAAUAGAAAUAAUUUUACGAAAUAAACAAUUUCAAGUGCAUUGCAAUA